AUGUCCCCCUAUGUAUUAACCAUUGUAUUACUUAGCCUACUCAUAGGCACAUCACUAGUACUAACUAGUAAUUACUGACUAACAGCCUGAAUAGGCCUAGAAAUCAAUACACUAGCCAUUAUUCCUCUCAUAACCUUUCCCCACCACACACGAAACAUAGAAUCAGCUACUAAAUACUUUAUAACCCAAGCAACAGCAUCUAUAAUCAUCAUAUUCUCUAUCAUACAUAAUGCCUCAAUGACCAAUCAAUGAACUAUAACUCAAAUCUCCGAUCAUUGAGCAUCUCUAUUAAUAACUUUAGCUUUAGCUAUAAAAUUAGGGCUCGCUCCCUUCCACUUCUGAGUCCCAGAAGUGACUCAGGGCGUCCCGCUCUUAACAGGGAUAGCCCUACUAACCUGACAAAAAAUUGCUCCAAUCUCCAUCUUAUAUCAAAUCUCACCAUCCCUUAACAUACCAACUCUAACUACCCUCGGCAUCCUAUCCACCAUCCUCGGGGGUUGAGGAGGACUUAACCAAACACAUCUACGAAAAAUCUUAGCCUACUCAUCAAUCGCCCACAUAGGUUGAAUAACUAUUAUUAUCCUAAUCAUACCCUCACUAACACUACUAAAUCUACUAAUUUAUUUCGCUGCCACAAUUACCCUAUUUAUCACUCUCAAUUUUGCCUCCAUGACAAAAAUUAACUCACUAUCUAGCCUCUGAAACAAAUCUAUCACACUAACCAUCGUUAUUACACUGACCCUUCUAUCCCUAGGAGGACUACCACCACUUACAGGGUUUAUACCCAAAUGACUGAUCUUAAAAGAACUAACAUUCUACGAUAAUAAUAUUAUGGCUACAGCUAUAGCCCUAUCAGCCCUACUUAACCUAUUCUUCUACAUACGCAUUAUCUAUGCCUCAACCCUAACCAUAUUUCCCUCAAUUAAUAACUCCAAAUUCCACUGAACAACACCAUCACAAAAACCACUACCAUUAAUUCCCACCUUAGCUAUCAUUUCCUCCCUGCUCCUACCACUAACACCUAUUUUCAUUAUUCUCACCUAA